GCUCACCUGCUCUCCAUCCUCUCUCUCCGUCUCGAGUCUCCUCCGCGCCUCUCCGCACCCCCGGCCUUGAGCCCCACCGCCAGAGCUCUUUCUUCUUCACUCCCACUUUCCUCCCUACCGCGUCACCUUCACGCCCCUCGCCAUGGCGGACGGUGUCGUUGCGGGUACCCGGGUUGAGGCCCCCGUCACCUGGAAGACCUACCUCAUGUGCGCGUUUGCCGCCUUUGGUGGUAUCUUUUUUGGUUAUGAUUCUGGUUAUAUCAACGGUGUUAUGGCAAUGGACUACUUCAUUCACGAGUUUUCAGGAAAGGUCAAAGCCGAGUAUGAAGCCGCCGAUAACCUGAGCGGCUAUGUGAUCUCCUCCUCCAACAAGUCCCUUAUCACCUCGAUUCUCUCUGCGGGUACCUUCUUCGGUGCCAUCAUUGCCGGUGACCUGGCCGAUUGGUUCGGCCGUCGAACAACGAUCAUCAGCGGAUGUGGAAUCUUCAUGGUUGGUGUCGCCCUGCAGACUGCCUCCACCACUGUUGCCUUGCUGGUUGUCGGCCGUUUGAUUGCUGGAUUCGGUGUCGGGUUUGUCUCUGCCAUCCUGAUUCUGUACAUGUCGGAAAUCGCGCCCCGCAAGGUCCGUGGUGCCAUUGUUUCCGGCUACCAGUUCUGCGUCACCGUUGGUCUGAUGCUGGCUUCCUGCGUGGACUACGGUACCGAGAACCGCACCGAUUCCGGCUCGUACCGUAUUCCAAUUGGUCUCCAGCUGCUCUGGGCUAUCAUCCUUGCUGUUGGUCUCUUCCUCCUUCCCGAGUCGCCUCGUUACUAUGUGCGCAAGGGCGAUGUGUCUAGCGCCGCCAAAGUGCUUGCUCGCGUCCGUGACCAGGACGUUGAGUCGGACUAUGUCAAGGAGGAGCUUGCUGAGAUCGUCGCCAACAACGAGUACGAAAUGAGCCUUAUCCCUCAGGGUGGUUACUUUGCCACUUGGUUCAACUGCUUCCGCGGAAGUAUCUGGUCCCCGAACAGCAACCUGCGCCGUACCAUCCUGGGCACCUCGCUUCAGAUGAUGCAGCAGUGGACUGGUGUCAACUUCGUCUUCUACUUCGGUACUACCUUCUUCACCAACCUCGGCACUAUUUCCGACCCCUUCCUCAUCAGUAUGAUCACCACCAUCGUCAACGUCUUCUCCACUCCGAUCUCUUUCUACACGAUGGAGAAGAUUGGUCGUCGUCCUCUCCUUCUCUGGGGCGCCCUGGGCAUGGUUAUCUGCCAGUUCAUUGUCGCCAUUGCCGGUGUCGUUGAUGGAUCUAACAACAAGACCGUCAGCGCUCAGAUCGCAUUUAUCUGCAUUUACAUCUUCUUCUUCGCCUCCACCUGGGGUCCCGGUGCCUGGGUCGUCAUCGGCGAGAUCUACCCGUUGCCGAUCCGUUCCCGUGGUGUCGCUCUCUCCACUGCCUCCAACUGGCUCUGGAACUGCAUCAUUGCUGUCAUCACCCCCUACAUGGUCGACGAGGACAAGGGCAACCUCAAGUCCAAGGUGUUCUUCAUCUGGGGCUCCCUCUGCGCGUGCGCUUUUGUCUACACCUACUUCCUGAUUCCCGAGACCAAGGGUCUUACUCUUGAGCAGGUCGACAAGAUGAUGGAGGAGACCACCCCUCGCACUUCUUCCAAGUGGAAGCCCCACGGCACCUUCGCGGCCGAGAUGGGUAUGACUGAGAAGGAUGUGACUCAGACUGUGGAGGACAUUGCUAAGAAGGCGUAAAUGUACAUUUUUGGGAGGCGGUUGUUAUACCUGCGGUUUCACUUCGGAUAUCGCAUUUGUCAUGCUGUGCAUCAUGUCUGAUGGUAAUGGUUUUAUGUUAAAGUAAGAAUAAUCUAGACUUAAUGUCAUUACAGGCUUCAUGUC